UGACCAUUCACUAUGGCUUCCCUGUAUCGGGGCCAGCUGUCUGGUGGUUCUGUGUGAUUUGUUAGUUCUUUGUGGCAGAGAACCCUCCUCACGAUUUCGACAAUGCAAAAAAUCAAAUCUCUUAUGACCCGACAGGGUCUUAAAAGCCCUCCGGAGAGCCUCAGUGAUCUCGGUGCCAUCGAGAGUCUCCGGGUCCCUGGAAAGGAGGAAUUCCGAGAACUUCGAGAACAGCCUACUGACCCUCUAGCUGAACAAGAACUAAUUAAUAGUAUUGAACAAGUAUAUUUUUCUACGGACUCAUUUGAUAUUGUUAAAUAUGAGCUGGAGAAGCUCCCUCCUGUUCUCAAUCUGCAAGAAUUAGAGGAGUACAGAGACAAGUUGAAACAACAGCAAGCGGCAGUCUCUAAAAAAGUAGCCGAUUUAAUUCUUGAAAAACAGCCUGCUUAUGUAAAGGAACUUGAAAGAGUCACGUCUUUGCAGACAGGUCUUCAGUUAGCUGCCGUUAUCUGCACAAAUGGGAGGAGACACUUGAAUAUUGCAAAGGAAGGUUUCACUCAAGCUAGUUUAGGCCUUCUUGCAAAUCAAAGGAAACGUCAGUUGCUGAUUGGACUUCUGAAAUCUCUGAGAACUAUAAAAACAUUGCAAAGAACAGAUGUGCGCUUAAGUGAAAUGCUGGAGGAGGAAGACUAUCCAGGAGCUAUUCAGUUGUGCCUGGAGUGUCAGAAAGCUGCCAGCACUUUUAAACAUUACAGUUGUAUAAGUGAACUGAAUUCAAAGCUGCAAGAUACUUUAGAACAAAUCGAGGAACAGUUGGAUGUAGCUCUUUCCAAAAUCUGUAAGAAUUUUGACAUUAACCAUUACACCAAGGUUCAACAAGCUUAUCGACUUCUUGGAAAAACACAGACAGCAAUGGAUCAACUUCAUAUGCACUUCACCCAAGCCAUUCACAAUACCGUGUUUCAAGUUGUUCUUGGUUAUGUGGAACUAUGUGCAGGAAACACAGAUACAAAAUUCCAAAAGCUGCAAUAUAAGGAUCUCUGUACACACGUUACACCAGACAGCUAUAUUCCAUGCCUUGCUGAUCUGUGCAAAGCUCUGUGGGAAGUUAUGCUCAGCUAUUACAGGACUAUGGAAUGGCAUGAGAAGCAUGACAACGAGGACACUACUUCUGCUUCUGAAGGGAAUAAUAUGAUUAGUACCGAAGAAACUAAUUUUGAUCGUGGCUACAUAAAAAAGAAAUUAGAACAUGGACUUACACGAAUAUGGCAGGAUGUUCAGCUAAAAGUAAAAACCUACUUGCUUGGAACUGAUUUGUCUAUAUUCAAAUAUGAUGAUUUCAUCUUUGUUUUGGAUAUAAUCAGCAGGUUGAUGCAAGUUGGAGAAGAAUUUUGUGGUAGCAAAUCUGAAGUUUUGCAAGAGUCUAUUAGAAAGCAAAGUGUCAAUUAUUUUAAAAACUACCAUAGAACACGACUUGAUGAACUGAGAAUGUUUCUAGAGAAUGAGACCUGGGAACUUUGUCCUGUUAAGUCAAAUUUCAGCAUCUUGCAACUUCAUGAAUUUAAAUUCAUGGAACAGUCUCGUUCCCCAUCAGUUUCACCUAGUAAGCAGCCAGCCUCAACUUCCUCAAAAACAGUGACCUUGUUUGAGCAGUACUGUAGUGGUGGGAAUCCAUUUGAAAUUCAGGCCAACCACAAAGAUGAAGAAACAGAAGAUGUCCUGGCUUCUAAUGGGUAUGAAUCUGAUGAACAAGAAAAAAGUGCCUAUCAGGAGUAUGACAGUGACAGUGAUGUUCCUGAGGAACUGAAACGAGAUUAUGUGGAUGAGCAGACAGGUGACGCUCCUGUGAAAAGCGUUUCUCGAGAAACUCUAAAAAGCAGGAAGAAAUCAGAUUACAGCCUCAAUAAAGUGAAUGCACCCAUCUUAACAAAUACAACAUUGAAUGUAAUAAGACUUGUUGGUAAAUAUAUGCAGAUGAUGAACAUUCUUAAGCCAAUUGCCUUUGAUGUUAUCCAUUUCAUGUCUCAGCUAUUUGAUUAUUACUUGUAUGCAAUAUAUACCUUUUUUGGUCGGAAUGAUUCAUUGGAAUCAACAGGACUAGGCCUUAGUAGUAGUAGACUAAGAACAACUCUAAACAGAAUACAAGAAAGCCUUAUUGAUCUGGAAGUUUCAGCUGAUCCUACUGCCACACUCACAGCAGCAGAAGAGAGAAAGGAGAAGGUUCCAAGCCCACACCUCAGUCACCUAGUGGUUUUGACAUCUGGGGAUACAUUGUAUGGGUUGGCGGAAAGAGUGGUAGCCACAGAAUCCUUGGUAUUCUUGGCUGAACAGUUCGAGUUCCUUCAGCCACAUCUGGAUGCUGUGAUGCCUGCAGUCAAAAAGCCCUUCCUUCAGCAGUUUUAUUCUCAGACAGUCUCAACUGCCAGUGAACUACGCAAGCCAAUUUACUGGAUUGUAGCUGGUAAAGCCAUUGAUUAUGAACAGAUGCUGCUCCUAAUGGCUAAUGUGAAAUGGGAUGUAAAAGAAAUUAUGUCACAGCACAACAUAUAUGUAGAUGCAUUGUUAAAGGAAUUUGAACAGUUUAACAGGAGGUUAAAUGAGGUUUCUAAGAGAGUUCGGAUACCCUUGCCCGUGUCUAAUAUACUUUGGGAACACUGUAUACGACUGGCUAAUAGAACUAUUGUGGAAGGAUAUGCCAACGUCAAGAAGUGUAGUAAUGAGGGUCGUGCCUUGAUGCAAUUGGAUUUUCAACAGUUUUUAAUGAAACUUGAAAAACUAACAGAUAUUAGACCCAUUCCUGAUAAAGAAUUUGUGGAAACCUAUAUUAAAGCCUACUACCUAACAGAGAAUGACAUGGAACGCUGGAUCAAAGAGCACAGGGAAUAUUCAACGAAGCAGCUGAUCAAUCUGGUAAAUGUUUGCCUGGGAUCCCAUAUCAAUAAGAAAGCAAGACAGAAACUUCUAGCAGCUAUCGAUGAUAUAGACAGACCCAAAAGAUAAUGAGCACAAUUCUUUUUCCUCAGUGGCAUUGAUCUUCUCUCAGCAUCUGUGACGUGAAAGCCAAUUUUUCAUGCGCUCCUGACAACUGUCUGCUAGGAAAACUUUGUGCAUGUUCUUUCCAACUGGAGAGUGGAAAACACUGAAGUCUGUGUGGUGUUCUCAAAUGACUUUUAUAUGCUCUGAUCUCUUCUCUUCAACUUUUAGUCUCUUUCGUUGUAUUCCUUUCCUGAAUUGAUAUUAUUGCCUCGUCAUAACUAUUGUUAUGUGACCACAGUUAUACCUGUUACAGAAGAAUGUACCAUAAGUAUAUAAUUAGAAGGAACAGUGACAAUGCAUCCAUGGGCAUUUUAUGGAAAAUGAAUUUAUGUUGGCAUUUUUCUACCCUCUGAACUUGGUUCUUAAUGAGUAUAAUAUGAGAGGGUUAAUGUACAGUAUCUCUUAAUUAUGAGCACUGCAUGAGAAUUGAAAAGUACAUGUAAGCAAAACAGUUGAAAAAUCAGUAUAUUCUCUGUUUUUAAAUGUCAAAGUUUAUGUCAGGGUUAAGUUGGUUAUAACACAGUGAUCAUAAAUGAUGAAAUUUAAUAAAUAUUAUACUCUAACAUGAUCAGCCU